AACCAAUCGGAGACGAAUGGUCGUCGCACUCGCACGAGGGCUGAUUCCUUUCCAGCUCGCACCCGCGGUUGAACAGCGUUUCGUUGUUUCCUCCCCAACUUCCAACACGCCUCGAUCUAGAUCCACUCUCCCCCCCCCCCCCCCCCCCCCCCCCCCCCUUCUCCUUCCGGUCCUCCCCCCGAGACUAUUCAUAUAGGCGGGUAGGCGUCCGAGGCCUCGUUUGUUCUCGGCUUCUCGUCUCCAAGGGUGCUACUCCGUCCGCGCUUGGUCUGCUCUCGUCCUUCCGGCAGAGGCCGCGGCGCAACAUGGCGAAGAUCAAGCCGAAGGCCUUGCUCGCGCAAAGCAAGGUGAAGAAGGUCCCCGGCCAAAUCAGCGUGGCCACGAUCGUCACCUACAUGAUCCUCGGCGUCCUGGUUGUGUCCUCCGUUUACGCUGCCUACAGGUACUGCUGGGCAGGCACAGGAGCAGCGGAGGCAGUGGGCGCCCAGGGGAACUGAUCCCCCUUCCGACUGCGUGGCUGAUCUCGCUGUUGUUGUAUCAUCCGGUUGGGGUAAAAUUUUUGGUUGUUGCUGUCUAGCAAAUGGGGUUCAUGGGACAUGGAUAGGUUGUAUGUUGAUACGGUUACACCGUAGCCGAUGAUAUGUAUGUUGAAUUUCUUCCCUUUUAUUAUCCUUUGAUGAUCCGAUUGCCUCU